AUGAACGCCCCGGAAUCGAAGCACAUCCUCCUCUUCCCUGUGCACAUAUGGGGGCACACACGUCCCAUGUGCACGCUCGCCGCACGUCUUGUACAGCUGGAGUCCGUCACCGUCACAUUCUUCGUGGCCGCGUCGCUUUACGAGCGUAUCAAGGCGGAAGUUGCACGCGACUUCGACAUGGGCGCGCAAGACCCUCGUCUCUCCGGCCUCAGAUUUGUCGUGCUCGAACAGGGCAAUGUUCCGCAUGAUCCUGAAGUGAUUGACCAAUCGUUCAUGUCUCUCUGGGGAGAGCUGCUGAGUGGCCGUGAGGUCGCCUGCUCCUCGAUCAACGGGGUCGAUUCAAAAUGGAAGCUUUCUGCGUCUCCCCCAGACGCCAUAGUCCUAGACAUAUUUGCUACCUGUCUAGUAUUCGACACGUUCCAUGAGCAGCGCCACACUUGGAAUCUACCUCGCCCGUUGAAGCUGUUCUCCUGGCUCCCCGUGACCACUAGCUGGGCUCUCGUGUUGCAUCGUCAGAACUUGAUACCCAUGAUAGAGGACAUGGUUUCUCGAGAGGGUAUUACCUUCGGCGAGGCUGCAUACGAUUUGCUGUGGACACCGAAGGGGAAGGUUUUGACCAGCCCGUGUCUCCCACCGCUAUACGAUUACGAGUGCCACCCGCAAGCGAUGCCUAUACUACCGAAUUUUGUGAGCGGCAUCUUCGCGCACAUCGGCCGGAAGUUAGAGAAUACAGACGGUGUGAUCACAUUCGAUGCAGCAGAUUAUAACCCGAAGGCGACCACCGCUCUGCGCGACUGGUUCGCGCAGACAUCGCGGCCGGUCUGUUAUGCAGGCCCUCUCGUCCCAUCCAACAACACCGGGGACUCCGCAUCUUCUGACGCGACUUCAGAAGGUGUGGCCAAAUUCUUGGACAAUCAGCUUGCCAUACACGGCGCGAAGUCCGUAAUCUACGUGUCCUUCGGAUCAAUGCUCUGGCCCUCGGAUCCUGCGAAGCUCGAUGCAGUCCUCGAUGUCCUCAUGGCGAAGCACAUCCCAGUCGUGAUAACCCACCCUUCCGCCGCUAUGAUGCUGCUUCCCGAAACCCGACGAAAACUUGUGGAAUACUACGGCGCGUUCUCGGCCGAUUGGAUCCCGCAGCAAGCGGUGCUCGACCAUCCUGCGGUCGGAUGGUGUCUCACGCACGGAGGACACAACUCCGUGCUAGAGUGCAUCCUCGCCGGUGUCCCGAUGAUCGUGUGGCCGAUCGUCGUGGAUCAACCCAUGAACGCCGUACAUCUCUCCGCCAACAUCGACGUCGCCUACGAGCUCGUGGAGGUCCGGCACGGCAGCGGGCUAGGCCCAAUAUGUCGCACAGGCAGGACCCCGAGCGGGACUCUCGACGCAGUCAAAGCUGAGUUCACCGACGUGCUCGACCGCGCGUUCGGGAAGGAUGGCGAGGAGAAACGCACGAGGUUGCAAACGCUGAAGGCAACCCUGGAAGGCGCCUGGAAGGAGGACGGGGUUGCGCGGCGCGAUGUGCGUCAGCUUCUGGAGGGUAUUUGA